GCGACUCCCAUCUGCUUCCUCCUGCUGCUGUGACAGGUUUUUGUACGAGGGUUUUUCACUGUGUUUGGGGUGGUCCACAGUGAUUGAACAUCCACACAGAGCUGAACAAAAACCCUGCAGCUUCAUCUGAACCGUCUUUAAAACAUGGAAUCGGCCAAAGUUCAGAAAAACAUCAAGAAACAAAACAUCUGCUUCAGCUCAGUGUCUGUCCUGUGGAAGUGGAUUUUUGAACAUGUUUGAGCUGCUCUGAGGACUUCUGACAGUCGAGAGGUUUUUGUACGGGGCUGUAACACUGUGAUGCACUAACAUUUGGAAAUCCGAUCCGUCUCACCGUCACCCCUAAAGAUCGACCUAAAACGACCCCGUCCCUUCACGUUCUGACCCCUCUGGCACCUUCUGCUUAUCCACCGCUGCCCGCUGAUGCUCUGGGCCCAGAGGUCUGUCUGGCCACUGAUUUUUAUCCAAAGGAAGGAGAAAUGAUUAUGAAUGUCAGGGGGGGCCCAGUCAGCGUGAACAUCAGCAACGCCGUUCUGUCCACGAAGACUAAAAGCUACUACUUUGUUGGAUUCAGCAACGAGACCAUCCACUCCUGCGAGCUGUUAGGAGUCUCCACCAAUAACGAAGCUGAUGACGCCUGCAGCAGCGUCUACCCAGAAAAAGCAAAGCUCAACUUCUACCUGCUGGUGAUGAACGGAGUCAGAGUGCUGUUCACCAAGACUUUGGCCUUCAACACCAUCCUGACCAUCAGAGGUCUGCUGGUCUGAGUCCAUCAGCAGGUCGGCGACAUCGGAUCAGAGCUUCAGCUUCAGUUUCUUUCUCCUGUUUUUGAUAAAAGCACAAAUGUUCAGGAAGUCUCCUGUAAAUUCACACUUAUAGCACAAACAUUUUAGGAUCGUUUGCCUUCAUAUAAGAGCAACGUUUCAAAUUCCAACAAAAUCUAAAAGUAAACACAGAAAUUUUGACCCAAAUGGAAAAACGUGGAAACUCCUGAAACAUUUUUAUCAUUUUGUUGUAAAUACAUGCAAAAAACAUUAAACCAGAAACAUAAAAUCUGUUAAAUGUUUCAAAUUAUUUAUGCAAAAUACAGCAAAGACUCGACGUCAGCGUGCAGCGUGGCUGUGCCGAGCUCGCUGACGUCGCCAUCUGGAGCUAAACUUUCCUUUAAACAUUAGUUUGAAAGAACAAAGACUAAUUAAUGAAUCCAGUGAACUGAUUCAACAUGAAAGGCCCUGAUGGUCUCAACAAGAAGAACCAUGUCGUGUGUUAAAUCUGCUGAUGUGUGAAAGUGUGAGGCGAGCUGUGCUGGCAGCUUCGUCCUGCUGUAAAUACAACCUGUCAGCUGUUUGUACAAACAUUACGUUUAUUUUUACUUCCUGUCGUUUAUAACAACAUCGUUUGUAUCUGACUUUUGUCUGUACGUUUUAUUCUCCGCUCUCACUGAAACGUCGUUUGCUUCUAAUACAAAAUAAACUUGCUUGUUUUUGAA